AUGAGAUUGCCUCGAACAUUAUUUUUAGCGCCAAGACGGUUUGCCUCGUCGCUAGCCGCCGCCAACGAAGUGCAACAGGCCAAAAUGCUGGCCCGUGUGCAGAAAUUCGACGAAAAGUCGCACAUAUUCCGCAUGCUAGACGAUCUCCACAUGCUUGUUUUAAGAAAGGGGUACUACAACGUCAAUGUCAACAAGCUGGGUUUCCUGUCCAAUUCGGCAGAAAUUCGCAACAAGUACUCCAACCUGUACCACAUGUUCGAUAUAGAGGACGCCAUCUCCCGUCAUUUCACUAAAACACCCCUCUUAUCCGCUCCACAGCCGGCCUCUAGUCUGGAAGCCGCCGCUCCAGCACUGAUGGUUGUGUUGAACUCCAUGAGACAGCGCAAGGAGUCUCCAGUCGACAGGCACAUCAAACUGCUCCACAAUCUCGCUGGAAACGACGUGGAGCUCAAGCAGGGCGUCCAGAAUGUUCUCAAAGCUUUUGAGAAAGAAGACGACUUCUUUUAUCAAUACGUGCUCAACCUAUGGGAAAAAAAGAAAGAGUACAGCCGAAUGAUUGCAAAACAAAGACAGGCAAAGGAAGCCGCGCAGAAAAAGAAUUGA